AUGUAUCUGAAGGCCACGAAUGCUGAAGCCGUUGCAAUGGAGCAGAAUCUAUGGGAAGGAAUAGCUAGAUUUGACGUGUCUGCGUUGAUGGCAUUAUUGGAGAGGGUUUUGAUGCAAGUUGAUCCCGAGAAGACUGUGUACUGCAUCAUAGACUCCAUUUCAGAUUAUCAAUCUGUCUUCCAUGAUUGGGCCGACCCCACCCUCUACGUCUUGCAAUCUCUCCACCGGCUUGCCGACAGGCGCGAUCAAACACCGCGAUUAACGCUGCUCAUGACGAGUGCGAAUAGAACAAAAGAUGUUCCGUUGAUCGUCAAUCAGGCGAGUGGGGAAUAUGUUGCUCUAAGAUCCGGCAGAUCUGAUGAACGUCCCAUACACAGACAGGCAUUUGAUCGAGAUAUUUGUACUCUCAUGCAUGCGCGAUCUUACAAGUCUGAUUUCUCUAGCCCAUAACCCAAAUUUUUGGAAAGAGAGGCAAGAUGAAAGCAGUAUUUUUGUUGGUGUCAU